AUGGGGAGUGACAGCUUACCGAUGUCUCAACAGAUGUACUUCAGCACACACAACGCCCUAAGGAUAAACGAUGAAAAUGAUGUAAUUAGUACUCUGUUUUAUGAAAUAAAUGGAAACAGACAUAUUAGUUUGUUGAUAUUUCCAUUUUACGAUGUUCAGAUGUUAAAAAGAUUGUUAAUAAAAAAAUUAAAUUUACCAGGAGUAAAAGUAAAUGAUAUUAUCAUAUUUUACAAAGGAAUAAAAUUACCAAAUUAUAGAAUUAUAAGUACAUAUUUGGAUAAUACAGGUCGAAGUGAAAAAAAAAAAAAAAAAAAAAAAAAAUUAAAUAAAUUAUAUUGGGCUAUAAAAGAUACGAAUCCAAAUGCCUCUAUAAGAGUAAUAGACCAUAAAAGUUAUCCUCCAUUUUUUGAAAACAUAUUAAAUGACAUAAAAUUAGCUUUUAAAAAAAAUAUUUCUCCAAAAUUGACUAUGGAUGGUACAGGGGGUACCUAUCUACUUUUUAAUAGUAAGAAAAAGGUAUGUUCUGUUUUUAAACCUUUAGAUGAAGAAGCAUUCGCCCCAUUUAACCCAAGAGGGUAUGAAGGAAAAAUGUAUCAAGAAGGUUUUAGAUCUGGAGUAUUAUCAGGUGAAGGAGCAAGCAGAGAAAUUGCUGCAUAUAUAUUGGAUAACAAUUAUAACAAUUUUAGUAAUGUACCUUGUACUAUUAUGGUUGAAGCUUGUAAUCCUCAUUUUAAUAAUAAGAGUAAAUUGAAAUAUAUUGAUCACGAAAAUAAUUUGAAAUGGAAAAGUGGAUCAUUACAAGAAUUUAUAGAUUCUAGAGAAAGUGUUGGAAAUUAUGAUUACAAACAGUUUAGUAUAAGGGAUAUACACAAAAUUGCUAUACUUGAUAUACGAGUUAUGAAUCUAGAUCGCAACGAUGGUAACAUUUUGGUUUCUCCUUUGAAAAGUUUAAAAGAUUCUUGUAAUCAAUUUUUAUAUAGGAACAAUAGAAGCUUGGGUACAAGUGACGAGGAUAUUCUCAAGCGAAUAGUUACCAUUGAUAAAAAGCCUUCUAGGUACAGCUUAAUUCCCAUAGACCACGGGUUGAUCAUGCCACACAUAAUGGACGUUGCUGAGAUUGAUUUGGUUUGGUUUGAAUGGCCUCAAACAAAGGUCCCCUUCGAUGACGAAGAGUUGAAGGUUAUUUUCAUGUUCGAUCCAGACAAGGAUGCAGAAAAAAUCAGGAACAAAUUGCUAAUCAGAGAAGAUUGUAUAAGAACUAUGCGUGUGUGUACACGUCUGUUGCAGAUAGGAGCCAGAAUGCAUUUGAAUUUGCACGAAAUUGCAAAAAUCAGUACAAGGAAGAACAUCGAUGAGCAAUCCAUUCUUGAGAACCUUGUUAAGGAUUCCAUUGUGCAGGCAUAUCAGAUGAUGGAUUACACCUCCCUCAUGAGCACAAAUAGAUUGGGACACAUACUUGACCUUGCAGAAAUUAAAAUUAGCAAAAAGAAAAAAAUGAACAAGACAAAGACCUUAGAGAAUGUUGAUGAAGCAAUGAAGCAUGUCGACCACACGAACGUGAAAAAUAAAAAUGAUAAUAUGUCAUGUGAUUUUCAGAUCACAUCUUCAAAUAAUCAGCAGUCCUUGGAUGACAUUAUGGGAAAUUCUCAACCCAUAGAGAAUACUUUAAAUGUAAAAGAAGUAAUUUCAGGAAAAGAUAAACUGAUAAUGAGUAGCAACAAUGAGGGACGUGUUAAUAAUUUUAAUGAAGGAAAUUCAUAUCUGAGUGGAAGUUGUAAUAUAGUGAAAAAAUCUUCGCAAAGUCAGAUCACAGAUGGAGAGUUAUUUUUGAAUUCUUUCGAUUUUCCUACGGAGAGACAGGUCUUAAUGGAAAUGCAUCAUAAGGAAGAUGAGGUAAAGACUAACCAAGGGGUGAUGUCUAAUCCAAGGACAAAAUAUAAGAAAGGCCAAUUGGUAGAAGAAGAUGAAAACGAAGAAAUAAAUAAAAAAGUAGAAAAUGCUUGCGAAGGGGUGUUGAGAUACACAUGUAGAAGGUCAAGUGAUGAUGAAGAUUCAAAGAAAAAUCAUGAUGAUUCUAAAAAAAACAUAAGCAAUAUUUUCGAAGAAUUCAUAAGAAAAGAAACAACGAAUGCAUAUGAUGGAUUAAUAUAUAAAAGAUAUAACUUUUCUGCAAUUGAGGAAAAUGAAAAUAAUGAACAGAACAGAUCAUCUAUAAAUUCUUUUGGUAAUAGAAGUGAUUACACUCUCGUUACUGCAAGUUCGAGCUCCUAUAAUGAUGAGAAGGGUUGUAAUAACUCAUUUAAUAGUGAAUCUUCAAAGCAAAGUGGAGAAGUUAGUAAUGGUGGAACUAGAUCAAAUGGAAAAGCCCUAAAUGAUAAAGCGGGUGAAAAGUAUAAAGGACAAAUAGAAUCAUCACAUGAUUCAAACGAUAAGGAUACACGAAUUAAAAAAAGAAAAUGUAAAAAAAAAAAAAAAAAAAAAAAAAAAGAUUAUAAUGAGGAUGAAAAUAAAUCACAUGUCGAAAAAAGUGAGCACGUAGAAAGGAAUGAAAUGCAAAGUUUCAAAUCGAUUGGUGAAUCAGAUGAAAAACAAAAUGAAGCAAAAAAUGAUUUUCCAAAGAGUGAUGUCCAAGACCGGACAUACAAUGAUGGGGGGGACGAGAAUGACGAUGACGAUGAAGACGACGAUGAGGACGACGAUGAGGACGACGAUGAGAAUGACGAUGAUGUGCCUUUUAAAAAAGCAUCAGGAACUAUGAAACGGAUAAGUGAAAGUAGCGGAACGACAUAUCGAAACAUUGAAAUGAAUAAAAUAAAUUCCAUAUGGAUGAUAAGAGACAAGAAUAAUAAAAUUAUAAACGUCAAAUGGGAGAGCAAAACAUUCGAGAAACUCUUUUUUGAGAUUUUUGAAAAUUAUGUUAAAAAGUACAUUAACGAUUACCAUCCCGGGUGGAAGCAGUACCCAUACAACGGUUCACAAAUUACUUGUAUCAAACAUGCAUACCUAAACAGCAUAAAGUGA